AUGCUAGCAUAUAACGUACAAGGAUGGGGUUCAAGGGCGCUUGAAGCCACUGAAAUGAUCUUUAAAACAGAUAGUUCAAUAUGUGUAGUCACAGAAGUUGGGGAAUUGUGCAACAAAUUUUCCAUACCACAUUUUCACACGUUCUAUCAAAAACGUACAAACGCUAAAGAUGGAGUGAUAGUAACAGUAAGUAAACAUCUUAAGGCCACCCGAAUCGAAAUUAAUAUAGAAAAUACAGUUAUAGUAGAUAAUGUGGGACUAUCAGAACAGAUUAGAAUUAUUGGUAUCUACUGGCCUCAUUGUCAAGAUCGUAAUUUAAAGGAUUUGGAAGCCUUCAUCACGGAAAAUACAAUACUAACAGGAGAUUUUAAUGCAGCCGCAGAGGAAUGCGCUAGUCCAUCAACAGAUGCAAGAGGUAAAUAA